ACAUUCACCACUGAGUUUCUCGCAGUUUUCGAGUACUUCUUGACAGUGCGUGUUUUGGGUUUUCGCAUGCCCGCGGAGAAAAUUCUUUUUUUCCUGGGAUUUCAGGGUGUUUAGCGCGUGAAAAGUAGCGACUCCCGCGAGCGUGAUGGCCGACGAGGGGAAUGAGGACAGUUGGCUGUAUGGGCCGAACGCCGAGGCGGGCGAGCAGAAGGAAGACGAUUCGGAGGAAGCCACUGAGAAGAGUCGCGAUGAGUUCGACAUUGAGAAGCGUCAGGACGACGAGAGGCCUCAGCAGGAGGAUUCCAACACCUACGAGCCCCCACAAGUGGAGGAGAACGGCACCAAUGAGGACGUGGCGGCGAUUGACGAUGUGACGGAUGCUGCUGAGCACAUGGAGGAGCAGGAGAAUGUGCCAAAUGUUAAGGAGAAGGGUGGCAAUGGCUCGGACUCGGACGAGAGCGAUGACGAUGACAUCAAUGUGGUGAUUGGAGACAUCAAAUCGGGCUUGAGCUACAACAUCAAGCAGAGAGGAAAUCUUCUGGCCGCCAAUGCAGCCGUCGCGAAUGAGAAGCUAAAGCAAUCCACCGGGAAGUUCAGCAUGGAGGACUUCGAGAGCGUGGGCUCAAUCAGUGGCGUCCCGGCCACGGAGUUCAGUAUUGAUUCCCUCGAAGAGAAGCCUUGGCGGAUGCCAGGAGCCGACAUCACGGACUACUUCAACUAUGGCUUCAACGAGGACACUUGGCGCUCUUACUGCGAGCGCCAGAAGAAGAUGCGUCUCAACGAGAGCGGUGUGGGACUGCAAGGACUCGCCCUCGGUCCUGUCACGGGCAUCACAUCGAGUCACGGACGCACUCUGACAGCACUGUCCAACGACAACAGCAAGUACGCCUCGAUUCCGGGCAGCUUGCGGCGUGCCGGGCCACCGCCGGGUCGUAAGAUGACGGGCAGCAUUGAUGUGAUUGGCUCCAAUGGCAUCUCCAGCCGCCGCGAAGACGGUCUGAUGGGCAAGCCGCCUUCCAAGGAGAACGCCAUCCAAGUGAUGACUGCUGAUCGGCGAGAAUACAGCCGGGCUGGAGGGAAGUUCGAUUCCGCCACUCCAGGAGGAUUCUCCGGAGAACCCCAGCCCGUGGAUGCAUUCUACGAUCAGCAGGAAUCCUUCAACUAUGGCUACGAGCCGACGCAGGACUCACAGUGGAACAACAACGCCUGGCAGCCGUCGGGCAUCAAGGAAUUGACGCCUGGGCUUCCGCAGAUGGUGCCGCCGCCCCUUGGAGUACCCGGCAUGGCCAUGCCCAUUCAGUCCAUCGGCCACGGACCGCCUCAGAUGCACAGCCAAAUGCGCUAUGACGACGAAAGGGACAGAGACAGGCGCUCUAAGUAUCGCGACAGUCGGCGCGAAAGAUCCCGCAGCAGAGAUAGACCGGAGAGGUCCAGAAGGUCCAGGAGUCGUGACAGAGAGCGUCUGCUCACUGAGCGGGAGAUCAAGCAGGAGCCGGUCGACAGAGAUGACGAAUCUCCAUCCAGGGACAAAGACAGGCGGUCGAAGUACCGCGAGAGAAGCAGCCGCAGAGAGAGAUCGCGCAGUAGGGAGCGAUCGGAGAGAUCGAGGAGGUCCAGGAGUCGCACCAGAGAUCGCAGGAGUCGCACGGAUAAGAAAAAGUCCCACAAACGCGACAAGGACGAUAGCGAGUGAGAGGACUUGGGUCGAAAUAAUGAAAAUUGAAUAAAGGACAUGUACAAUUA